AUGUCCAUGUUCAAUGGCAGCCGCUACCAGCCACAAUUCUUCCUUCUCUCAGGCAUCCCAGGGAUGGAAGAUGCUCAUAUAUGGAUCUCCAUCCCACUGAGCAUCAUGUAUAUAACUGCCAUUCUUGGAAACAGUAUCAUCAUUCACAUAAUACGGAAAAACUCCAGCCUUCAUGAGCCCCAAUAUAUAUUUCUAUCUAUGUUGGCAGCUACAGAUACAGGCAUGUCAGCCUCCACAUUGCCGACUGUUCUUAAUGUCUUCCUUUUUAAUCAUCGAAAGAUUGAAUUCCAUGGCUGUCUGGCCCAAAUGUUCUUCAUUCAUACUUUCUCUUCCAUGGAGUCAGCUAUCCUGCUGGCCAUGGCAUUUGACCGGUUUGUAGCCAUACGCAACCCGUUGCGCUAUACUGUGGUCCUGACCCAUUCUCGAAUUACUCAGCUGGGGUUGGUAGCUGUGACACGGGGAGUGGCAUUGAUGGCUCCAUUGCCUAUUCUGCUCAAACGGCUUCCCUUCUGUAAGAGCAUUAUCCUAUCACAUUCUUUCUGUUUCCACCCUGAUGUGAUGAAGUUGGCUUGUGGAUCUAUUCGUGUCAACGUCAUCUACGGACUGGCCUUGGUUCUUUGCUCAUUUGGCGUUGACUCUGUCUUUAUUGUCCUAUCUUACGCUCUAAUCCUGACGACAGUUAUAGGUAUUGCAUCCAGGGAGGGAAGACUGAAAGCACUCAACACUUGUGUUUCCCAUAUUCUCACUGUCCUUAUUUUCUAUGUUCCACUUAUUGCUCUAGCCUUAAUCCACAGGAUAGGCAAGUACCACUCCCCCCUCCCCCAUGUAACCAUGUCUAACAUUUUUCUUUUUCUCACACCUGUCCUCAACCCAUUGGUGUACAGUGUGAAAACAAAACAGAUUAGGAAUGUGCUGUGUAGACGAUUUGCACUUAAGGUGGGAUGA